CCCUCCCUCCAGCAAGUUGUACAUAGUAUCACCUGGUGUCGUUUGUGUUAAUAAACUGACUGUCUACUCUGCAAGGAUUCCCGGUCUGCGCCUGAGUCCAUUAACUAAAACCUGACAAUUUUGCUUCUUUCUCAGGACGAAGGUGGGAGAGCUGCUUCCAAACGUCUCUUCUCCCAAGAUUCACUUGCAGUAUGCAAAGGCCAAGGAGGCGGAUGGCAACUGUGCGCACAGAUACAAGGAUUCGGCACGAGCCUACGAGAGCGCGAAGGACUGGGACAAUGUGAUCCGCGUGCUGCUGGACCACCUGAACAAACCAGAAGAAGCUGUUCGCAUCGCCAGAGAGAUGCAGAGCAUCGAUGGAGCAAAGAUGGUUGCCAGGUGUCGUCGGGUAUGGAGGGCCACCCGGGCUGCGUUAUUAUGCACCAAGGACCGUAAUAAACGCAUUGCUGACCGCCAUCGGUCCUCCACCCCCGCCUGUGCUGUUGGACAAAAGGUUCUUUCUGCGGUCUAACGACUAUGGCUCAGCCAUCCACUUCCUGGUUUUAUCCCAUUGCAACGACGAAGCCUUCCAGCUGGCGCAGCACCACGAACAGAUGGAGGUCUACGCAGACAUCAUCGGCUCUGAGGCGACACAGGAGAACUAUCAGUGUAUCGCUCUCUACUUUGAGGGAGAAAAGAAACACCUGCAGGCUGAAGUUCUUUCAAAAGUGUGGACAGUACAGCAGAGUAAGAGCAAUGAAUUCACUCAUCAGUCAUGUUUAGUUUUAUGACUCCUGUUAUUCAAACGGCUCUUUUCUUUCUGGACAACUGUCAGGCGCUGAAGCGCUUCUUGUUGUACACUAACACCGAAGAAAACAUGGCAAUUGAGACGGUGAGAGCUGUGUGUGUGUGUGUGUGUGUGUGUGUGUGUACAUAUAUAAAAUAUAGUGUAUUUAAAUAUGUCCAAAUUUCCUUUUUUUUUUUUUUUUUUAAUACUUU